CACGCACACACUGGGACAACACUCAGCCCGUAACGGAUAAUGGAUGUUCCUCUUACCACACCUCACUAUCCCAACAAACCCAUCUCCUUCACCGCCACUGCCACCGCCGGCAAACACCUCACAACAUCCAUUAAGCCUACCAAAUUUCUUCCCUUAUCCCUCAAAUCUCCACCGCCUCCGUCACCUGCCUCCGACAACUCCACCAACUCAUUAUCUCCUCUCUCUGGCAACCUCCGCCGCCCCAAAACCGUCAAAACAUCCUCUCCUUCCCCGAAACCCGCCCCCGAAAUCCCAUCUAACCCGCUCAAGAACUUCGUAACCCGCGGUCGCGGUCCGACCAAGAGUGUUGAUAAUUCACACUCUGUCACUAAUAAGCUCUGGCUUACCAGCAAGCUCUCUCCACCUCCGCCUCCUCCUCCACCUCCGCAAACACCAGCUCCUACUAGUCAUUUACAAACUGUGGAGGAGAGCGAGGAAGAAGAGGACGAAGAGAACGGGGGCGAAGGGAAUUCAGACUUGCCCCGAGUAGAAUUCCGGCAAGAGGGGAAGAUUUUCGUGGGGAAUUUGCCCAGCUGGAUUAAGAAAAACGAUGUCUCUGAGUUUUUUAGGCAAUUUGGGCCGAUAAAGGAUGUGAUUUUGAUUAAGGCUCAUGAGCAUACGGAGAGAAAUGCGGGGUUUGGUUUUGUGUUGUACGAGGGCUCGACGGCAACCAACUCCGCGUUGAAGGCGGUAGAAUUUGAUGGUGUGGAGUUCCACGGGAGAAUCUUGACUGUGAAGUUGGAUGAUGGAAGGAGGCUUAAAGGGAAAAGGGAGGAGAGGGAGAGGUGGGUUCAUGGACACGAUGGAGUUGAGUAUCGUACUAAGUGGCAUGAAGAGAGGGAGAGCUCGCGUAUGGAGUUUAAGAAGGUGGUGGAGACUGAACCAGAGAAUUGGAAGGCAGUUGUUGAGUCUUUUCAGAGAAUUAAGAAGCCUUCUAGAAGGGAGUAUGGCCUGAUGGUAAAGUACUAUGCAAGGAGAGGAGACAUGCAUCAUGCGCGUGAAACCUUUGAGAGUAUGCGAGCAAGGGGAAUAGAGCCAUCAUCUCAUGUCUAUUCAAGCCUUAUUCACGCUUAUGCAGUUGGUAGAGACAUGGAAGAAGCAUUAUCUUGUGUUAGAAAAAUGAAAGAGGAGAGCAUUGAGAUGAGCUUGGUGACCUAUAGUAUAAUAGUGAGCGGAUUUGCAAAAGUGGGCAAUUCUGAAGCUGCAGAGUACUGGUUCAAGGAGGCCAAAGAGGCGCACACAACUUUAAAUGCUAUAAUUUAUGGAAACAUUAUAUAUGCGAAUUGUCAAACACACAAUAUGGAUAGAGCGGAAGCACUAGUGCGGGAGAUGGAAGAAGCUGGCAUAGAUGCUUCAAUUGACAUUUACCAUACCAUGAUGGAUGGUUACACAAUGAAUGGCAACGAAGAUAAAUGUUUGGUUGUAUUUGACCGUCUCAAGGAAUGUGGCUUUACACCAUCAGUUAUAAGCUAUGGAUGUUUGAUCAACCUUUAUACUAAGAUUGGAAAAGUUUCCAAAGCCUUAGAAGUCAGCAGAAAAAUGGAAUCAGUUGGCAUAAAGCACAACAUGAAGACCUAUUCCAUGUUAAUCAAUGGAUUUUUGAAAUUGAAAGACUGGGCUAAUGCAUUUGCUGUUUUUGAAGAUGUCAUAAAGGAUGGUCUAAAGCCUGAUGUAAUUCUCUACAAUAACAUUAUAAGAGCAUUCUGCGGUAUGGGAAACAUGGAUCGUGCUAUUCGUACUGUAAAAGAAAUGCAGAAGGCUUGGCAUAGGCCUACAACACGCACAUUUAUGCCCAUCAUACAUGCGUUUGCAAGAUCUGGCGAUAUGGACAAGGCCUUAGAAAUUUUUGAUAUGAUGAGGAUGAGUGGAUGCAUUCCUACCGUACAUACUUUCAAUGCGUUGAUUCUUGGCCUUGUUGAGAAGUGUCAGAUGGAGAAGGCUGUUGAAAUAUUAGAUGAGAUGGCACUGGCUGGCAUAAAUCCAAAUGAACAUACUUACACAACGAUAAUGAAUGGCUAUGCUGCCCUUGGUGACACUGGGAAAGCUUUUGGGUACUUUACUAAAUUACGAAAUGAGGGCUUUGAGCUUGAUGUGUUUAUAUACGAGGCAUUGUUAAAGGCAUGUUGCAAGGCAGGGAGGAUGCAGAGUGCUUUAGCAGUAACCAAAGAAAUGAGUAAUCAGAAGAUUCCAAGGAACACCUUUGUAUACAAUAUUUUAAUCGACGGAUGGGCUCGAAGAGGUGAUGUUUGGGAGGCUGCUGACCUGAUGCAACAAAUGACCCAGGAAGGCGUUCGACCUGAUAUCCACACCUACACAUCUUUUAUAAGUGCUUGUUGCAAAGCCGGAGAUAUGCUGAGAGCUACAAAAACAAUCGAAGAAAUGCAAGCCUUUGGAGUGAAACCGAACAUUAAAACUUACACUACCUUGAUACAUGGUUGGGCACGUGCUUCACUUCCAGAGAAAGCUUUGAAAUGCUUUGAUGAGAUGAAGCAAGCAGGGUUGCAACCGGACCGAGCUGUUUACCACUGCUUGAUGACAUCUCUAUUGUCAAGAGCUGCCGUUGCUGAAUCUUACAUUUACUCUGGAAUUCUUUCAAUCUGUAGAGAAAUGAUAGAAUCUGGGCUUACUGUUGAUAUGGGGACUGCAGUUCACUGGUCCAAGUGCUUACGCAAGAUUGAAAGAGGCGGAGGUGAGCUUACAGAGGUCCUGCAGAAAACCUUCCCUCCUGAUUGGAACUUGGCUCAUGGGUUGGAUGUAACCUCUGAUAUUGAUAGUGAAAAUGAAAAUGAAAAUGAUAAUGAUGAUGAUGAGGAUGAUAAUGUGAUAUAUCCUGCUGUUAAUACAGACGGUAAUGGUGAGAACGAUGAUGACAACAUCGAAAUGAACCACAGAUUAUGGUUUUGAAGUUAUGUGCAUUUGUUGUGACAUAGUACAUGAAAAUAGAGCAUAGCAUGUGUUGGUACAGAUAUUCUUUGUACACUUACACACUGAAAAAAAUGAUUUGAUACUCCCCACUGGUUCCAGUAUAGAAUAUCAAGUUCAUCAUUUGAUUCAA